AUAUGAUUUUCCGUGGAGUGUGUAGCGUGUAAAGAAGAAAGAAGAAGUGAAGUUUCGCAACACUGAUGAAAGAAAGUGAGCAGUCAAGUCAAAAGUCAAUAAAAUCAAAAAGCAGAAACAACCACUACGUAUUAUGUUCUAAAAAUAUUCAAUGGGUGCGAAUCAUUAAUGUGAAUAAAUAAUAAAUAAUAACAUUAACUGUUAAGUAUUAAAAGUUAAGAUAUUUUUAAUUUAGAUUGUGGAAGUUGUACUGUAUAAAUAUUUUUUGGUAAUGGUAUCGCCGGCCAAGCGUGGAUGUUUAUUCAAGAGUGAUUUUUGAAAAAUGUCUAAAACCAUCAAUGCAUAUAGGAUCAAGAAGAUAGAAAAUUACGGAAAAAUGACGCAAAUGACGCAAGAAGAAAUCGUCGCCGCUGUAAAAACAGUGGCCCAGGGCUUGGAAGCCCUGCGUUCGGAGCAUACAGGUAUUUUACAUAGUCUACAUGAGGCACCGGAUCCCGUGGUCAGCGAACGGGCCAGUUUGGUUCAGCAGAGCGCCGACAUGAUCGAACUCGGUCUCGGGGAAGCACAGGUUAUAAUGGCGCUAGCGGCCCAUUUACAAUUAGUAGAAGCCGAAAAGCAAAAAUUGCGCACCCAGGUGCGAAGGUUGUGUCAAGAAAAUGCUUGGUUGCGAGACGAGUUGGCUUCUACGCAACAAAGGCUGCAGUCCAGUGAGCAAAUGGUGGCCCAAUUGGAAGAAGACAAGCGCCAUUUGGAAUUUAUGAGUUCUGUUAGUAAAUACGAUCAGGACGUGACUGAAGACAAUGCUUCCGAACCGUCGAAGAGCGAAAAAAGUGAUCCCGUAGUCGAUUUAUUUCCCGACGAUGAUGCCGAUGAUAGACAUAAUAUGUCUCCCACGCCACCAAACCAAUUGCAACUUUCGCAACAGGUCAAUGCGGGUUACGAAAUACCAGCCCGUCUUAGAACUCUACACAAUUUAGUUAUACAAUACGCCUCUCAAGGUCGGUACGAGGUUGCUGUGCCGCUCUGUAAACAGGCUUUGGAAGACUUAGAGAAGACCAGCGGUCACGAUCAUCCCGACGUUGCCACCAUGUUGAAUAUUCUUGCCCUAGUUUACAGAGAUCAAAAUAAAUACAAAGAGGCGGCCAAUCUUCUGAACGACGCGCUAGCAAUAAGGGAAAAAACGCUCGGAGAAAAUCAUCCGGCAGUGGCGGCGACUUUAAACAAUUUGGCUGUGUUAUAUGGAAAACGGGGAAAAUAUAAGGAAGCCGAACCGUUGUGCAAGAGGGCUCUGGACAUAAGAGAAAAGGUGCUCGGCAAAGAACAUCCUGACGUAGCUAAACAAUUAAAUAACCUGGCUUUGCUUUGUCAAAAUCAAGGUAAAUACGAGGAGGUCGAAAAGUAUUACCAGAGGGCGCUCGAGAUCUACGAGAAGCGAUUGGGAGCGGACGAUCCGAACGUCAGCAAAACGAUGAACAAUCUGGCUUCUUGCUAUUUGAAGCAAGGCAAAUACAAGGAAGCCGAAGUUCUUUACAAGCAGAUCCUGAACAGGGCGCACGAGCGGGAAUUCGGAACGAUUGACGGUGAAAACAAACCCAUCUGGCAAGUGGCGGAAGAGCGCGAAGAGAACAAAGCCAAGAACAAAGAGAACGUACCUUACGGUGAGUACGGAGGAUGGCAUAAAGCGGCCAAAGUUGAUUCGCCCACGGUUACCACCACCCUAAAAAAUCUAGGAGCUUUAUAUAGGCGCCAGGGUAAAUACGAAGCGGCCGAAACGUUGGAAGAUUGCGCAUUGCGUAGCCGAAAAGAAGCUUUGGACAUCGUGAAACACUCCAGAAAUCUCCUUACAGACGAUAGACGAAAACCGGGUAGUGCGAAAGACAAAACGUCUCGUCGAGGAUCUAGAGAAUCCUUGGAUAUGACGUACGAUGGAGACGAGACCACCACAGCCAAGACCCCAGACACCGAAAAAAGUGGCCUAAAAACAAAAUUAUUCAGCGCGCUAGGAAUUCAUUCACCAGUGAGCAAACCCAGCUCGUAGUUCUCUUUUAAUUUAAUCAAAUUUACGUUUAUUAUGAAUUUUUUUUUUUUUUUGUAAAUGUUGAGCUUUUGAAUUUUGGAGUCUCAAUAAUAUUUACUAAAACAAAUAACAUUCCAUCUUAAAUUGACAAAAGAAACGUCGCUGCAACUAGCGACAAUGAACUUUCAGCAGGAUUCCCGAAGCUUUAGUGCAAUAACACUUAAAAAGAUUUAUAACAAUAUUUACAAAGUGCUGUCAUUGUUUAAUAAUAAUAAUAAUAAUAAAAAAAAAGACAGUUGGUCAAUGCGAUAGAACAAGAUUGACGAAAAUGGAGUUGAAUAAUAUGUUUUAAAAGUAAAAAUAUUUUCCCUACUUUGGUACCAUGUCUAUUAGUACCGGGUGGCUUGAUAAUAGCUUUAGAUUAUAUCUUAAUGACCGUUUAGUCUCGGGGAACAAAUUUCAACUAAAGUGACCAUGAGAAAAACCGGAAUUUAUAUAUUUUUUAAGUUGUCUUCUAAUUUCCAGAAAAUUGUAUAUAAUUUAACGUAGGAUAAUUUUCUUCUAUUUGUCAUACAAGAGAGGGGGCUGAUUUGAAUAAACGCUUGUAACUCCAGUUCUGAUUAUUAGAAUUUUAUAAACUUGGCCUUUAUAAACAGCUCUUCUCCUCCAAUGUAUUAUUUAUAAAUUCGAAUCAGUAUAAUAAGUAACGUGAAUGCUAGAGGGCGCUGUUUAUAAUUUUAUAGAAAUCUAGUUUUCUCUCGAAAAAAUUAAAUGGAAUCAUAAUUUUCACCAUGGAUUACAGGAGUAGACUAAAUUACCAUCAUACGAUUUUUUAAAUAAAUAAAUAAGUUUUCUUGUGUAUCUUUAGUAGUUAAAAUUGUUUCCCAGAAGUUGUACUAUAAAUAGUUCCCGAUAUAUGAUUCAAAGCCAUUCUUAUUGGGCCACAGAGUACAUAUUGGAUAUAAACAUUUUGCCUUUUGUGUUCUGUCAUAUCUUAAGAGUUCUCGACAUUGUAGAGCUACCUCAGACGGAUUUUUUCGAUGUAUCUAUCAAUUAUUCCUUCUCUGUGCUUCUAUUGCAGUCUCAAACGUUUAAGUCUUUAAGUGAGUCCUUAAACACCAUUUUAAAAUAGGGAACUUACCUUAUUUUUCUCUGGAAUCUGUCAUUCGAUUUAUAUACUUUCGGAUCGUAGAUUCUUUACUUACUGUACAUUCCCGAUAAUGCAGUAGUCUACAGUAUUUGUAGCAAAAUUCUCUAUGAAUAAUCGUUUAAAAUUUUAAAAUGUUUAUUUAUUGUGUAAUUGUUUGAAGUUUUAAUGAACUGAUUUAAAUUCUAUAUUUCUUCAUCUUCGUCAAAACUUUUUUUAAGAGUUCUCGAAAUUCUAGUGUUAUCUCAGACGGAUUUUUUCUACAUAUCUAUCUAUUGUUCCUUCUCUAUAAUUCUAUUACAGUCGCAAGGGUUUAACUUCUUAAGUGAGUCCUUAAACACCGUUUUAAAAUAGGGAACUUACCUUAUUUUUCUGCAAUCUGUGAUUCAAUUGAUAUACUUUGAUAUCCAGUAUCUAUUAAUUCCCUAACUAUUUAAAUUUCGUAUUUCCUAGUGAGUGAGAUCAGAUCGCAGAUACUUUACUCACUGUACAUUCCCAAUAAUGCAGUAGUCUACUAUAUUUGUACCAAAGGCAUAUUCUCUAUGAAUAGCUGUCCAAAAUUUUAAAAUAUUUAUUGUGUGAUUGUUUGAAUUUUUAAUAAACACAUUUAAAUUAUAUUUUUCUUCAUCUUCGUCAAACUUUUUUUAUUGAUUAUUCUAUAUUAUUAAACAAUGCUGUUUAAAUGUUAAUUCUUCUUGUUCCAUUUUAGAUAUUUUUAUUUUAAGAUAGUUUGUUAAUUUUACGAUUUCUACCAUUAUAUCGUCACCUUCAAACGUUUUAGAAAUUUGAUCUUCUCUCAAAAAAUAUUAAAUCUGCUUUAUAGUUUACAUUGUAGUUUCAAAAAGCCAGAUUGUUAACUAUUUUCAAUAAAUUAAUAUCUCAAACUUUAAUAUAAAGUUGUAUAACUUGUUGAUGUGACGAUAUUGUCAAUUAUUAUACUAAAAGGGAACAAGGGAAUUAUUUUAAUAUAAUUUUUGCGAAGAGUCGAACAAAUUUUUGUUUACUAUAAAAUACAAGAACUGUUCAUAUUUUUAUUUAUUAGCCUUUUAGGAAAAGCGUAUGCUUAAUUUUUACUGUUAGUAUUAAGUCUUUUGAAGGUGAUCAAUACUAGCAUUAUCUACUGGC